AUGUUGGAAACUGAAUUAUCAAGUAAAAACUACAAGGAGGCGAAACUGCAACAGAGACUAUCGCUGGAGAACGCCAGGAAACAGAGGGAAACAAAAGGGCUGAUUCUGGACUCUAGGAAAACCCUAAUGAUGUCGUUGCGAGAUAACACAGGAAUUAAUUGGGGAAGGUCGAAGCAAAUAAUGAAACAUUUGGAAAUGCAUCAUAGACACCCGAACAUAGACGAUAAAAAAAUACGGGAACAAAUAGCAAACAUAAUUAAGGUGAUUAAAUAA